CGGUGCGCGCUGCCGGCUUGCUUGGCCGCAGCCGCGUCCUCGGGAAGGAACCCUGGAGUGUGUGUGAGAAAGAGCGAGCGAGCGAGAGAAGCCAAAGGCAGGUUGCUGCGGGUUUCGCUUAAGCUGCGUCCGGAAGCGCCCUCCAGUUGCGAAGCCCUCACCUUUGCAUCCAAGCCGCAGGAGCGCAAGGUCCGUUGGCGCUUCUCCGCCUGGCCGAGAGAGCCGCUGCAAGGCGGAUGUAGUGAGGGACGAGCGAAGGAAGGGAAGAUGGUCAUUCGAGUCUUCGUCGCCUCGUCCUCUGGUUCCGUAGCGAUAAAGAAGAGGCAGCAAGACAUUGUGCGAUUUCUGGAAGCCAACAAGAUUGACUUUGAAGAGGUGGAUAUCACCAUGUCAGAGGACCAAAGGCGAUGGAUGUAUAAAAAUAUUCCUCAAGACAAACAGCCUGCACAAGGCAACCCGCUGCCUCCCCAGAUCUUCAGCAACGAUCGUUACUGUGGUGAUUAUGACUCCUUUUUUGAAUCCAAGGAAAGCAACACCGUCCUUAUGUUUCUUGGCUUGGAACCCAGCUUGGCAUCAAAGGAGUCAGAACCUUAGAUGAGUUCCUUGAGGAUUCAAGAAGCACAUUGUCUGAGUGAAUGAAAUCCUUAAUGUUCAGCACACAAAAGCUUCCCUAGUGGAUCACUGUGACACAAGCCAAUAUGCACCAUCCAUGUUUUGCUUGACACGAAAGAGGUGAAAUAAGGCCGUGGAUGCAAGUUGGACUAAGGGAUGAAGCUGCUGGUGGUGGGGGGUGUUCUUCCUGCUUUGCAAACAUACCUGAAUUUGAUGUUAGGGACCAUUGCUCUAACAGGUGCUCAUGUUCCAUUUGAAUGAAGACCUCUAGUCUCAGGCUGGUGGCUGGGUGUCAAAACCGAGCAUACGGUGGUGUACGAUCAGAGCUUCAAAUGUUCACUACAUUCUGAGCUGAAAAUUAUGGCAGACAUAACUGUUAUUCUAGGACACGGGUGAACAUGAAAAAAGGCAGUGCUGAGCUGCAAAGAUCACAGUCCAAAACAUACCAAAAAAGGGCAAGAUGUCUUUUUUUCAGAAUAUAAUUGUGCUAUUUGUGCUGUAAUUUGCGUCACUGGUUUAGAUGUGGCCUGGUGAAUCUUUCCACUUGGAAAAAUGAAAUUAAGAUCUCACAUCUCCUCUAAUUAAUAUGCAGUUAGAAAGGCAGGGACCUUCCCACGUGUAUGCCUGCCUUCAGCACUGAUGACUUUGCUUUGAGUUGCCACUGAGAAUAAUCUGAACUGAGAAGUUCAGUGAAACCUACCUUAACUUUAAAAGAGAGGUAUGUCUGCCAUUUUGACCUUUCUGAAAUGCAUUUGCCAAAAUUUAUAUUUAUAAAAGAGGUAUAUUCUUCUACCUUACAAGCAACUGUAUUGCUUCAGAGAGAUUAAUUUUACAACAAAGUAAAAACCUAUAGUAUGCUGACUAUCGCUGUCAGAGUCUAUAAAAGUCCUGUGGCCUUAUAGGGGGAGGGUAUAGAGAGGGCUCUUAAAAGCAGAAGCAUCUCUUCCUGCCUGUACAAUGUGUCACUUUACAUGGAUGUCCUGGAUGAAGGUAAUUGCUUAGCAUCUUCCAGUUUCGGACCACAGAGGACAGUAAGGAUAACAUAUUCCAGCCCAGGGGAUUAUCUGGGAUGCAUCCAAAUGGACCGGGCAGGAUGAAGAAAUAUCAAGCAUAAUCCUUAGGCCUGUCUACUCAGAAGUAAGUCCCAUUAAGUUCAGCAGAGCUGACUCCCAGGUAAAGGUGCAUAGGAUAGCUGCUUCACUGAAUUUUAAAACAGUUUCAUUUAUCUCUUGGGGCCACAACUUCUUGUCAGAAAUAAUCCCCAUUUGUCACUGCAAUCUUUUUUCCUGAAAUUGUGUGGUCUUCUUAUCAAAGCAGUUUUGGAAAUGCUUUUUCUGUUUGGGCUUCAUUUUGUGGCAGAUCCCAUUUGAGAACUUUUCUUCCAUUGCCCCCGGUUUCUUUACCGAUUGUCUAUGUGCUGGAAGACCACUUGACUUGCCCUUCUUUGGCUGAUGGUGCUGCCUUCCUGUUGGGAAGAAUUAAAAUGUCAGUGCUAUAAAUAUAUGGAGUAAAAUUCUGCUGAUUUUCUUUAUUGCUUUGCAAUGGAAAAAUCCACUCUGUGAGCAUCAGCAGAAUUUCUCUCUGUGGACUAGCUUUCCCCCCAGUAUCUAAAUUCUGCUAUAAUACAGAAUUAGUCCCUAAGAAGAACUAAUAAUAUUUGGAUUUUCAAGUGCUUAAUUUUACACACUUUUAAAUACACUUUUGUGUACUUACACUACAUCCUGGAGUGGGGGAGAUCUGAUAACUAACAUGAAAUUUGGAUGAUCUGAAUUAGAAUUCAUAUUCUAUGCCACUGUCCCAGAAUAAAAUAUAAGUCUGAGUUCACAAAUAAAUGUAGUGCUUAAACCUUAUUAGUGAAACAAGUUAAUUGUAAUUAAGUCCCAUUAAUUUUAAUUGGAUUUAGGUACAACACAGGGCCAAUCUGCAGAUUGUACUUACUGCAUAGCAUGUUGCAUCUUGUCAACUGCAAGCAUGUGAGCAGGGCAAUCCUUACUUUGGAUCCAGUGUGCAUUAAAAUAGGAUUUAUCUCCUUAUUCCACUGUUCUUCUGUGAGCGAAAAUUGAACCCCACUCAUAGUUUUUUCCCGAUUUUUAAAAAAAAUCCAGUUGGUACCCAGAUUCUCAAGUGCCAAGAUGUAGUUACUACAUAAACAAUACAGCUACUGUGUUUGGGAUUGAAGCUAAGGACUUUAUGUGGUGUUUUGCUGGGAGGUGCAUGUACUUCAGUGCAUGUAAAAAGCUUCCUUGGCCUUGACCUUGAUCAAGAUGCCCUCUUUUAGUGUACUGUGGAUCAGGGCAAUAAAGUAGUUCAAACAUUGCUCCUAAAAUGCACAAUAAAAAAGAGAAAAGGGGACGCCACCUCGAAUCAACCAUUAAGAAGCUCUAAUGGUACAAACGCAGGUAAACGUGAAGUGCUUCUAGACAGAUAGUUGUUCGACACUCAGGGAAGUUUCCAAUGCUGUUUGCGGUCGGGGGCUCUUCCAAGGAGGUGGGAACAGUUCAACAGUCCACUGUGCUACCCUUUCCACUGUGUGCGUGCAAGCCCUUGCACAUGCUGUAGUCACUAAUUUUAAAGAUAUUUACGACAGGCAAAAGGUACAUCAUUUUAAGAUGCCUUAAAUGUAUAUAUGUGUGUAUGUGUUUGGGAGGAAGGAUAAUAGCCCAGAAUACAUGACGAGAGUAAAAGGUGUCCAAUUUUCAUGCCUGUAUCAAUUUGCUAAACUUACUGAUGACUUCUAUACAGUUUUUAAUGCAAAGUUUGGCUUUUGUUUUUAUAUUAAAAUUUUGUAAAGUGUUUGAAUUUUUUUCAUUUUCUUUUCAUUAAUCACAUCCUUGUUUUUUAUGUAAUUACUACAAUGUAUCAUUUUGGUUUAUUCUUUUUUUAAAAUUGCUGAUUUUCUUUGUUUACAAAGCUCUUAACUAGCUGGUUCUUUGAUGUCCCAACCCUCUAAUGAUAUGCUCAUAUCAGGAAAUAAAGUAGGUUUGUUUGUUAGUCAAA